AUCAAACAAAUGCAGCAUUAUCAUAUGGAAGCAGGAAGCGGAUUUUUCAAACCUCUAAAUGUUCUCAUCUCAUGCUGUAGCUCAUACUUUCUGGGUCAUUCGCUUGCUCGCUCAAUAGGACAAACUGCAAAUCUGAGGAGAUUCACAAAGGAUCAAAGGCCAAGAACAGUGGUACCAUUAAGACCCGGAGUACCUUUAAAAGUUAUGCCAAAAGAAAAUAUUCUAUAAUAAUACAUGAUUGUUUCUUCUCUAAAGACAAAAUGGUGCAGAAAGGAUCCUGGGACAAUGGGCAGAUGUGCAGUACCAAUAGAUGGUUCGACUCUGAAUUACAUUCCUGGCUGGAGUUGGACCACUUGGUCAAACUUGUGGUAACAGAAUUGGAAAAUCUACGUUUCGUGUCCGACAAAGAGCACAGAAUAUUAAAACAAUCCCAGACAAGGUUGAAACUCCAACAGCCAAAGGACAUUUUUCACAAAGGUCUACAGAGAUUAAGCCAGGCUUCCCUUGUCCAGGGAGCACAUUUAAUGAUACCAUUCAAGGACACCAAUAUACAGAACUCAUUGGAACUGUUCAGCUCAGACAUGGAAUUUUGGUUGUAUUUUAACAAUGUUGUCAGCACAGUGCUAACUGAAUUUACAGACGUGAGAACUUUGGAGAACAGUGAGGAUAAGCUUGGCAAGAUGUUGGCUUUGAAAAAAAAAAUGAGCAGUUCCAAUUUCAUUUUUCGGGUUGGGUUGUGUUUACUUAAAAAAAAACCAUUGAGCAAGCUGGACCUAAUGCAGAAAUAUGGUGCAGGGGCACGCCUUAAGAUGAAAGGCUUACAGAAGUUAAGGGCCAAAAGGGUAAAGAAAGCUACAGCAAUACUUCUAGCAAACAGACAAUAUCCUUUGUCAAAGAAUCCUUGUUCUACUUCCAUCAUGGCCGCAGAAUGGACAGGCCCUGUGUGCCAAUUGGGUGGUGAUUCGAUUACAAUGGUAGUGUUACCUUUAGACCCAGAGGUGCCUGGAAAUUGCUUAUCACAAUCGCAGUCUCAAACUGCACCUGCAACUGAUGCUGUAUUUAAAAACACUAAAAUAAAGGAGAAUUUGCUUGAAGUGCCUUUAUCAGCUGUUAGCCACAAUGCACUGGGACUGCAAAUACAGUCUCAGACCAAGCCUGCAACUGCUACCAUACCCAAUAAUAUUAAAAGAGAGGAGGAUUGUUUCGAAUUAGCAUUAUCAGCCACAACCCACAGUGCAUUUGGCGAUAAAUCAUUUCAACCACAGUCUCAAAGGGCACCUGCAGCUGAUACCAUACCCAAUAAUAUUAAAAUAGAGGAGGAUUUGUUUGAAAUAGCGUUAUCGGCCACCACCCACACUGCAUUUUGCGAUAAAUCAUUUCAACCACAGUAUCAAAGGGCACCUGCAGCUGAUACCAUACCCAAUAAUAUUAAAAUAGAGGAGGAUUUGUUUGAAAUAGCGUUAUCAGCCACCACCCACACUGCAUUUUGCGAUAAAUCAUUCCAACCACAGUCUCAAAGGGCAUCUGCAGCUGAUACCAUACCCAAUAAUAUUAAAAUAGAGGAGGGUUUGUUUCAAAUAGCAUUAUCAGCCACCACCCACAAUGCAUGUGAUGAUAAAUCAUGCCAGCCACAGUAUCAAACUGCACCUGAAGCUGCUACCAUACCUGAAAAUAUUAAAAUGGAGGAGGAUUUAUUUGAAAUGCCUGUAGCAGCUAUGGCCCACAGUGCAUUUGGUGACAUAUUAUCCAAACUGCCAUCUCAGACUGCACCUGCAACUGCUACCAUACCUGAAAAUAUUAAGAUAGAGGAUUUGUUUAAUGCAGAUUGUGAUGGUUUAUCCCAACAGCAGCCACUAACUAUACCUCCAGUUACUACCAUACCUGCAAACCCUCAAAAAGAGGGUGAAAUACCUGCACCAACUACAACCCCCAACACGAUUUGCUGCAAUGUAUCUGUCCCCCCAGUUACAAACAAUGCUGAUAACACAGCACAUCAUUCAGUCUCGAUACAUCACGGGAGUCCUGACAUGCUCGUGUUUCUGGACUGUGUUAAGCUGAGACAUAGAGCACUCAAGCCCAGUAAUGCCAUUGAGUACUAUGAACAACUCCAGUUUGCUAAUAUACAUAAAGUGGAUGACCCAGCCUCUGCGGUGGAGGCAAUACAUGGUGCUAUUCAGGGGUUACUGAACAAAAUAUUACCUGACAUGAGACCCAGCGAUACAGUAGAAUUACGACUGGAAUGUGGAAGCCUGAAUACAGUUUUAUGUUCUAUUAGAAUGUCUAAUGAUUACUCUGUUGCUCAAUCUUUUUUAACUAGCGUGGUGGAAUUCUUACAGAGUAACCAUAAGACCCUUAAAUGUGGUUCUUUAGGAUUAGCUGUCAUUAUUGUCAGGCUUAGUACACACAAUAUUAAUCGCACUCGUCUAGACUCCAUCCCCUACAAUCAUAUCAUCAAAAUAAAGAAACGAUGGCUUUAUGACUUAAACCAAAAUAAUAAUAACCUGUCCCUGGCCAGCAGCCUCUGUGCUCUUUUAGCUCCAAAAGGUUCACAAGACUUUAUGUUUGUAAAACAGGCACAGAAGAUCCAUUAUGCUUUAGGAAUACCCCAUGAUCGACCUGUCACUUUAAGUGAUAUUCCUAAUUUUGAAAAACUCCUGAAUGCAACCAUCAAAAUAGUCUAUUGCCAACAGGGGGCACUGCAUUACCACGUGACCAACAAUCCGUGCAGGAAGAGGGUUUUGUUUGUAUAUCGUCACGAGGACUGUUACUAUGGGGUUAAAGACAUAAGGGCAUUUAUUGGAGUCACCGGUUUUUGUGAGUACUGUCAGGCAACAUUUUCUGGAAAAGGGGGUCAUUCGUGUAGGUACACCUGUAGGGCAUGUCGGAGAACAGACUGCAAAGAAGUCAGCAGCAAGAGACCGAGAUGCAAUAACUGUCGUGUACUUUGUCGCUCCCUGAACUGUUUAAAGGAGCACAAAGACCGUGCGGCAUCAAGUGCAAUCCAGUGUGCACCGAAAAAAAAAAAGCAGCAAAGACGGUCUAAAAGACAAAGUAGACCAAAAAAAGUGUACUGCUUAAUUGUGUAGGUCAGGGGGUCCCCAAACUUUGUUUUAACUGUGAGCCACAUUCAAUUGUAAAAAGUGUUGCAACACAAGAAUUCUUGGGGGUGCCAAAUAAGGGCUGUGAUUGGCCAUUUGGUAGACCCCAUGUGGGUUGGC